AUGAUCGUUUUUGCAGAUCACUUUGGCGAUCCAUGUUAUCUUUGCCGAUGUUUUGUGGAAUACACGGAUCGAGAUGUAGCCAUUCCUAUACGGCCGUAUGCUAUGGCAGCAGACGGUUAUGACACUACUGAAGAUCGAUGUUUGGCCACUUGUCGAAGAGAUGAGAGGUGCCGUGUGGCAGUGUAUGGAAUGAUAGGAGGUCGAAAAGUGUUCACCUGCGAAUUUUACGAGAAGAUCGACUCAAGAAAUUCGCCAAAAUACUCGCCAUUCGUCAACAUCUACAUAAAGAAAAGCUCAUGUCCAUUUAAAGACGAUAUCUUUGAAUCAGUAAAGAUGAUUCCUGCUGACAACUCAUCACUGAAGAGGCGGCUGAAACAUGAGAAAUUGGCUCAACGACCGAAUCCACACGAGGGCUGA